AGAUAGGUCUUCCAGCUUCGACUGUGGCGUAGAGCUGUAACUCAAUUCCCAUUAUCCAACAAACAUGGCAGAGCACGGGUUGAAGAUAGCAGUGGUGGGUCCUCAGAGGACUGGGAAGACGCUGCUGUGCCGAGCGCUAGCGGAGCAGCCUAUCCUCCUUGGAGAAAUGUCAUACCAGCCUACGGCUGCAGUCAGGAUCCAAGAAAUCAGUCGCGUGCUGGGCAUUGACCGCGUCAAGGUCCAGUUCUGGGACGUGUCGGGGAGCGUGCAGUACCAGUCCUACUGGCCGGUGCUCGCCAAGGAGGUGGACGGCCUGCUGAUGGUCAUUGACCCCAACCGGCCAGAGCAAGAGCGCGACCUGGAGACCUUCUACCGGAACUUUGCAGAGCCCAACAACCUAUACACGCGCCAGUGCAUGGUCAUGGCCAUUCAAGUGCAGAAGGAGGGCGGCGGCCUGGGCGGCUGGCAAGGCCUUCAGGGCGGGUUGAAAAAGUUGUCGCAGUCUUACGUGGCCAUCAACCCUGCCAACCCCGCUGCCGGCGUGCAAGAGGCAUACUCGCAUUUGGACGUCCUAUUCCAGGGUGCGCUACAAAGCAAGAAGGAGGCGCUGGAGAGCUCAUACAUGAACCAGGAGGACCAGUAGUAUGCAGGAUAGCAGCCCCAGCGCUUCCAACUGCCCUGAGAGGAUACGCUUAAUCGCAAGUCGUCUCACGGUGGAGCCAUGUACAUACGGUAGAUACGGAGCCUGUGCGGCAUGACGUGUGAUGGACGCAGGGUGGGCUGCUGCGUUACCAACAGCCCCGUUUACCAACAGCCCCGGGUCAGCGGGGAAGUAAUCGAUGCUAACGCUGCGACGUGUGCUGCAGAGCCGUGGAUGCGGCCUGAGAUGUGGAGGUGUCGCGGUGGGGUGCUUACCGUAUACCGCGUGCUGCUCGAGUCACCGAAUCGCGGCAGAGGAUGACCACGGAUAGCCCCGCUGCGAAAUGCGGGACUUAGGCAUGCGGUCAGGGAUGAGUUACAGGAGUUGCUGAGACCUGGAUAGCUGCGUGCUGUUGAAGUGAGCAAGGCUAAGGGCUGCUGUUGUUGCGAAAGUGCAAAAUACACGCGUGCAGAGGCGAGUGCUGCAAGUGCGGUUGCGAAGGGCGCGUGCCUUGGCCCUUCGUGUUGGCCCUUCAGCAUACCAACUUAAGUGCGCUAACGGGCCCGGCUAUAGGCUGUGACUGCGUGCAUUGGUCUGGUUGGCAAACACGGUAAGGAACGCGGUGUUUGCAGCGAAACGAC